AUGGGUGGUGCUUUUCGUGAAUUUUUGUCACACCAAACCAAUUUGACAAACCUUGACCUCUCUAGUAAUAACUUAUUUGGAGUUUUCCCUACUUGGCUUUUUAUUAACAAUUCUAAGCUUAAGCUUUUGUACUUGUUAAACAACUCUCUUUCAGGGAGCCUUCAAUUUCCUCAUUUUACUAAUCUAUCAUUAGAAAAUUUGGAUGUUUCAAACAACAAUUUCCAUGGUCAAAUUAAAGAUUUAGGCUAUAUUGAUUUGUCAAAUAAUAACUUCUCCGGGGAAUUGCCAAGAAAAUUGAUUAGUGAUUGUAAGUCCUUGGAUAAACUCGUGUUAUCUAACAACAAUUUAGAAGGGGAUAUAAUACCCGAGGAUAUGAACCUUCCAAGGUUGAGAUGGAUGAAGCUAAACAACAAUCGUUUUGGGGGGACAAUCAACGAAGCCCUUCGAAAAAGCUUUAGAUUAUUUUACUUGGAUAUUUCCAAUAAUAAUGUAACUGGCCAACUUCCUUGGUGGAUAGGCAACUUCUUUUAUUUGGAUACUUUGUCUGUGUCACAAAAUAAAUUGAAUGGCCAAAUUCCAAAGGAAAUAUGCGCAGUAGGUCAUUAUUAUUUAGACCUCUCGCGUAAUAACUUCAGUGGAACUAUACCUUCAUGCUCCAACUCUUGUCAAUUCUUCUACAUGCAAUUGCACAACAAUCUCAUAGGAGAGAUACCGGAUUCUCUAUCAAAUUGCUCGAGGUUACAAACACUUGAUUUGAGGGACAAUCACAUUUCGGGUAGUAUUCCAUUGUGGAUUGGUAAGCUUUCGAGCCUUAUAGUGCUUUUGUUGGGUGGAAAUAAUAUACACGGUACAAUCCCCAAACAAUUGUGCAAGUUGAGGUCUAUAAACAUAUUAGAUCUGUCGCGUAACAACCUCUAUGGAGAAAUACCCAAAUGCUUCAACAAUAUAUCUUUUGGGAUGAAGACAUUAAUGGAUUUUGAAUAUGCUUAUUAUGUAUAUCAUGGUAAUGAUGGUUACUAUCUUGAAAGGUAUAAUGUACUUGAAGAAGUAGAGUUUCUAGCAAAGAACCAAUACCUUUCUUAUGUCGGGUUUGGAUUUAUCUAG